AUGGAGGCAAGCGAGAAGAUGAUGAAGAAGGGGACCUCAAAGCUAGAGGAAACAAUGGGGUUUUCCAUGGUCGGUGCCAUAGGCUCUUCCAAGUCUAAGAAAAUCGAAGGGCAAGGAGACGGUGCAAAAGAAGCAAGCUUUGCCAGCGCAAGGAUAGGCGACGCCGGAGUGGUUGGAGGUGAUGCUAGUGUGGGGAGGCUGGGCGAUGAUAAAUCUAUUGAAAAUAAUGAUGGAAUGGCUAGCAUCAACAAAAUGGGCAACAAGGAUGGGGCCCAAGGCACAACUAGUGACGCCAAAAGGGACAGCGAGGGUGGCACCGAUGGCGUAAAUGGUGACGCAGUGAGAGGCGUGCCCAUGGAACAACUGGCGAUGCCAAAAGCGAGGCUAUCUGUCGUUUGUCAGGGGCAACACAUAGGAGUGUCGAGUGUCAAAGGUAGCGUAUUAGGCUUUGUCAUGGAGGGAGAGUGUGACGCCUUUUGGCUAG